UGGUAACAAACCCUUCCGCUCCGAUGUCUUACAAGCCACAGGCUGGCACUGUACUGGACGCCAGACUUUAGCCGUGCUAGCAGGCUGGAUUAGCUGGCUCGUUAGCUUGGCAUCAUGGCUACGUAGCCAGCACGCUAGUGGUGUCUCGGCUGGAUAGCUGCUAACCCCAGCAAGGCCGCCAUUGCAGUCGUGUGUGCGGUCUGUCGGUGCUGCCGCAGUGAGGGGGAGCCCUUAGCCCGGACAGUAGCCAAGAUCAAUCUUGUCCCCUUCGCCAACAAGUCACCAACCGGUCUGGUAAAUUUUGUUCUUGGGUCAAUUCACGUUAGACUAAACGCCGCGGGAUUAGAUUCCCACGCCGAUUGCGAGGUCUGCUAUCUGACAAGAGCACCGGUCCGCUCAACAAAACCAAUUUAUAUACCCGAUUCUUUUUAGUGAGUACUCGUCCGGCAGGAAAACGGAAGUCGUGGGGUUGGAGUGUGUUCUCAUGGCCGAGUCAGAGACUGAAUGUGACACACCCGGCCUUGACACACUUGGGUCGGAGUGUGUCAUAGCCCACAGCCAUGUCGACCUUCACUAUGGAGCAGAAACCGAGAUCAUGACGGAAGAAAAGCGUGGAUUAGAGCUGGAGAUCCACGGCUCAGACUUAAAGAUCCAGGGACUGGGGGGAGACCUUGGUGCUGUAGCCUGUGUGGACGCAAUUGUAGCCGAGACAGACCAUGACUACAUCAAGGUUGAACAUGGUGAGAUGCACUGUUUCACAGCAGCAGAAAUCAAGACUUCGGGAGGCGAGGCUCUGCUGGGAGAGGUGCUGCUUAAGACAGAAAGCGAGCAUGUGGUCAAAGUGGAGUCUGACCAUGGUGGAGAGUUGACAGUGGAGUCCGAGAAUGGUGUAAUCAUACAUGAAGCCCAUGGCCUGCAGUGCAACGAGUGCGGGGAGAUUUUUGGCAGCAUAGCCGAUCUUCACCAACACUUUGAGAUCCACAAGGACCUCAAUCCUUACAUUUGUGUCCACUGCGGUGAGAGCUUUGCAGUGGAGGCCAGCCUCAAGCAACACAUGAAGAUUCACAUGAAAGAAAAGCCCUAUGUUCCACCUGGAGUUGAGAUUAUGGGCAAAGAUGUUAUUGACGCCUUUAGCCUCAAGUCUCAUCAGAUGAUUCAUUUGCCAGACAAGCCCCACAGAUGCUCAGAGUGCGGUAAGAGCUUUGCUGCUGCCAUCACCCUGAGAGAACACAUGAAGAUGCAUUCAGAGGACAAGCCCUACAAGUGCACCCAGUGUAGGAAGAGCUUUGUCCGCAGAAGGCAUCUAAAAAAGCACCAGGAGGUCCAUGCGCGCGAGAAGCCAUAUACUUGUGGCCAGUGCGGCAAAGGCUUCGCCACAACUUCCAACCUGAAGCAGCAUCAGAAGACCCAUGCUGCAGUCGUGAUCGGAGACAAACCCCACCGCUGCGCACAGUGCGGAAAGUGUUUUGCGGCUGCUGCCACUCUGAGAGAGCACCAGAGGAUCCACUCGGGUGAGAAGCCAUACAAAUGCAACAUGUGUAGGAAGAGCUUUGUCCGCAAACGCCACCUUAAGAAGCAUCAGCAAGUCCACGCCGGAGGAAAGCCCUACACCUGCAGACAUUGCAACAAGGGCUUCAAUCACUCCUCUUCUCUCUCUCGCCACCACAAGACCCACCUGCAGAAUCCGGUGUUUUCUCCACCGCAGCCCGGGAAACCCAUGUCAUACGGCACUCCCCCGAAGCAGAGGGUGCACCAGCAGGGAGACAAGCCCUACAUGUGCCACCACUGUGACAAGGGUUUCAAUCAUUCCUCUUCCCUGUCCCGCCACCAAAGAGUUCAUUCGGAGGGAAAGAGUUACACCUGUGGUCACUGUGGCAAAAGAUUCAAUCACUCCUCCUCCCUGGCUAGGCAUCAGAGAGUCCACUUGGAGAACAAGCAGCAGCAACAGCAGCAGCAGCAGCAGCAGCAGCAGCAACAACCACCCCAGCCGCCACCGCAGCAGUACAGCACCAUCCCCACAGGGAAGGCAUUCCCCAACAACGCUUUCCCAAAACAGCGCAUCCUGUCUGUUGAAAAACCCUACAGGUGCACUCAGUGUGGAAAAGGUUUCAACCAUUCAUCUUCUCUCUCCAGACAUCAUAGGAUCCAUGUUGAUCAGUGAGCACCCUUUUCCAACCUUCAAAUGUUGUCCCACCCAAGUGUACACCACCAUUCCCCCCAGGCUCUGUUCUACCGACGGUCCCAAUCAACGAUAUCGCCACACCACGGGUAUCAUGAGGCCAGCUUCUAUAGACAACAGUGGUCAGGUCAGCACAUGGCCACGGUGAAGUGGAGCAGUUAUGAAAGAGGGGACAGUAACACACAAGUCUUCAAGAGGAAACUGCUUGGCCCGAACGACAAUGAAACCUAUAAUUCAGAUCCUGGGACUCUGAGCUCAGUUUGAAGAGGGUAUAAUAAUAGAGUGGGAGGGAGCAUCUAUUCUUGUUUGUGAUUGUGCUUCACUUGCUCCAGGAUCUCUUUUGAACACUUUUAAAGGAAAAAAAUGUGAUUUGAAGAUACAUGAUAAAAUUGUUACCAGCUGAAGAUAUGUUUAAUCUUCUGGCUCGUCUUUUCGAUUGAAGAAUACAGUUUAUAUACUUUCAGGUGGGCACAUGCUUCUCAUCCUCAACUUUGUUCAAGGCUACCAACACAAUUGGAGAACAGGAAUUGUUGCCUCGAUUUAAAUAGUCAAUUCUUCAUCCACAUAAUCCAUAUGAAGCAAACAUCACAAAUCCAAUGUAAAUACUUAUUGAUUUUCUUUUAUAUAUAUGUAUAGGUGACUAGUGUGCUGUUCCAAAAGAUUACAUUUUUGAUAGUAAGAUCCACUUUGUCUCCACUUUUUUUUUUCUUCUCCUUUUUAUGACUUUCAUUUGUUUUAAGUGUCGGAGAUAAACGUUUUGCAGGUGUUCCCAUGCAGCUUGUUGUUGAAUUUGGCCUCCAUCAGACAUGAGCCAACUUGUAUAUUUAUAAGGUUGUUUUCCUGUAUGUAUACUAUUGGUUCGCACCGCUGCAUUGACUGUAAAGAGAGCAAUACUGGCUGACACCCUGAUUCUAUUAUGACAUGCAGCCAUAAGAAAAUGCAUAAUAGAAAUAAAAACCUACUGGGUAGCAUAUUCCAACAUGACCCGUGUCCUAAUUAUUUACUGUGCAGUUUCCUCUCUGCCCCAGCACCAAAUGUAACUGAGAUGCAACAUCACACUUUAUUUCUUUGGAGACUAAUUCAAUGACCUGUGUACAGAAUAUGAGUAACACUCGUGUUGAUCUGCAGAUUUUCACAAUUUGAUCUCAAAAUAGAUGUGUAUACUAAAAAGACUACAUGAAAAUCUCGCUUUUACAAGAUUUUUUCAAAUUCCAAUUGCGCUCUAUUUACUGUUAUGUGUAAAAAAAAAAAAAAAUAUCUUUUACAAACUGAUGUAUUUUUUUAGACAUGGCUUGGGUUAUAUGAAAGGGAAUGAGGGAUAUACAGUUUCUAUGGGAGUGAACAUUAUAGUGAGCAAUAUUUUCUUUUCAUUUCAAUAACAAAUUGUGCUUCAAACUGUAGCAUAGGUUUCUUCCAUGUGUUAGAUAGGUGCCUUAUUGCAUGCGAUGUAGAAAUGUAUGCCGAGCUGUUAUUUGAGAAAAAAAGUUAGGGGUUUCAGGAGUCUUUUGUUCUUAUUCAUACUAACUUACCCUACAUUUUAAUUUGAUGUCACUGAUACCUUUUUUUUGCUUUCAUGUAUAUUACCAUGUGUUUACACUGUUACGACCAUAUUGUCUUUACCCACGCCCUUCAUUUUUGUCAACGGCCUCCUUGUAGAGAGAAAAAUUGUAAAUGAUCCAUAUACGCUUCUCUUAAGGGCAAAUCCUGUAACACCUUUUCCCAAUUUCUGAGUGGCACAUACAUGGAUAAAUAAAGGUUGUUGACUCUC